UAUUGCAAUCUGACUAAAAAAAAUUAAACUACUUUUUAACUACGAUUAGAUUGCUUCAUGCCAAUUUUUCGGCAUAAAUAUAAUCGCUGCGUUAAUAUGUAGCUCAUAAGUAUCCUAGUGAGUACAGCUCUUGUCCUCGUGCUAACCCUAUUGAUGCUGGUCUACGUGUUUCUAACAUGGAACUUCAACUAUUGGAGAAGUCGUGGCAUCAAGACGGCUCCCACUUGGCCAUUUGUUGGAAGUUUUCCCAGCAUUUUUACAAGGAAGCGUAAUAUUGCCUACGAUAUUGAUGAUAUCUAUGAGUAUGCAUUAUUAAAUUCGGUAUAUUUAACAAGAUUAUUGCAAUCUGACUAAAAAAAAAUUAAACUACUUUUUAACUACGAUUAGAUUGUUUCAUGCCAAUUUUUCGGAAUAAAUAUAAUCGCUGCGUUAAUAUGUUUGCGAACAAGAACGGACGCACUGUGCACUUGAAACCCGGAGAUGUGGUUACCAUACCCGUAAAAGCUCUGCACCACGAUCCGCAGUAUUAUGAGGAUCCUUUGACAUUCAAGCUGGAACGGAUCCUUGAGAGCAAUGGAGGUGGUAUGAAAAGUUACAGAGACAGGGGUGUAUACCUAGCCUUUGGCGAUGGACCUCGUCACUGUCCAGGAAUGCGAUUUGCGCUGACUCAACUCAAAGCAGCUCUGGUGGAAAUCUUGAGGAACUUUGAAAUCAAGGUUAAUCCCAAAACCCGCUCGGACAAUCAGAUAGAUGAUACUUUCUUCAUGGCCACCUUGAAGGGUGGAAUUUACCUGGACUUCAAGGACCUUUAAAUAAUAGCAAUAAUCGUAGUAAGCUUUGAGCUGAAAAAACUGAAUAAAGAGGAGUUAUUUACUCGAAUUAAUAAAAAUCAAAA